AUUUUCUUGAUUUUGCGAAAAACAAAACGCCAUGCUUGUCGGUGUAACGCGUCGCAAUUGAUUCAUGCGCCCAGCCUUGUUUUACGAUGUGAACAUCCGCUUUGCGUCUUCGUCUCUAGCCACUGUUACCGACUCACCUGCUCAUCUUAUCGCUGCCUUUCAACAUGCGCUGCUCAAACAUCGCACAAACCUUUCGGCUGCAGCACAGGGGCUUUUCUUCGUAGUGGCGCAUUUGCUGUGUACCUAACGUGUGUGUAUAUAUACUCAGGCACCAGCUCCUCUUCGCCAAACACCAGAGCACGCAUCGCCUUUGUCGAUACCAUUGGCUACAUUGUGCGAGCGUCGCAAGCAUUGGCAUCCCGCACGCCAACACCUCCACGUCUCGCUGGAUAUACAUUUGACACUGGAGCACACGAAGAGAGAUGGAACCUUAUUCGCUUUCUUGGUCGUCUCAGAAUGGCACGUUGCGCUUUCCACAGGCCCUCAUUCAGCUGCUAAGGACAUGGCUCGCUGGACCGACCCACGAUCAAGAAUCGCAGACCACCACUGACUUCACUUUUUGGCAAACUAUAAGAAAUACAGCCUCCCACCUGAUCUCCCUUCUAAACCCUUUCGUAUAUCGCGGCGACUUGAUAACCUCGACUGUCGUGGGAAUGGUCAAGUUGACGGCACUGUGUGGCAUAGGAUCUGCGCUUUGGAUAGGUGCCCAACGAAGCAAGAGAAAGGAAUCUGCUCUCCCAGCUGUUGACUCACAGCAUAUGUCCGACACCGCUGUUGACGAUGCCGUCACGAACGACCCUGGUCUGUUGAAGAAGCAUUCCAGUAUCAAGUCCUACACAGUACCAAUUUCUGGUUUCACUUAUCCCAAAAUCCGUACAUUUUACCGGCCACAUCCUCAAGAUGCUAAACUUCCAAGAGAACCACGUCCCAUCCCACUAUUGGUGUUCGUUCAUGGCCUCGGAGGCUCUAUUGCGCAAUUCAACCCCAUUCUGCUCAGUCUCUCCAAUGUUGCUUCAUGUCUGGCUAUCGACCUGCCAGGUUGUGGCCUUUCCUCCUUCGAGCCUAAGGCGUGGGAUGCGUACACCACAGAUGCUUUGGUGCAACUUCUUGCUGUCGCGAUCGAAGACCAUCGUGCUGUCCACGAAGACCAGACUGUCAUUCUCGUCGGCCACAGCAUGGGCUGCUCACUCGCCGCGCUGCUAGCCUCCCCAUCGUCUCCACAUGCACAUCUUCUCUCACAACACGUCAGUGGGCUCAUUGCCAUCUGUCCCAAGGCUGAUCCGCCUACGAAAGAGCAAGUGAAGACAUUGCACCGAGUCACGUAUCUGCCAGCUUUUCUGUUCGAUUUGUUUAGAAGGUGGGAUCGAAGAGGUGGUCUCAAUAGUGGAAGCGUGCAACGCAUGACAGGACCAGAUGCGGAGGAAGAGACGAAAAAGCUUCAACUUCGAUUCAAUCAGCAAAGUCGGACCGCAGUCUGGCAGCGUAUGGCGCGCGGCAUGUGUCCUAACUAUCUCAACAGCCCUCCCACUGGCGGCCUUCCGGGAAGGCAGACGUGGUCAGGAUUGGACAUUCCUGUCUUCCUUGCUGGCGGAGAAGCUGAUCAAGUCACACCAGCUUCGAACGUGAAGCGCAUCGUUGAUUUUCUCGGAAGAGACGUAUCCGCUAUCCAACCUCCCAGCGAAAAGGCUAGCUUGCCCAUUGCAGCCGCACCUUUUGAUCCAGCAUUGGUCGACUCGACGAUGUCGCAACGGCAACACCAAGACUCAGGCAUUGACGCUAACGACUUGCCUAAACUCGACAACAAUGCCGAUGCCUUGGACACUACCGAUGAUGAAGGGUUUGUCCAAAUCGACGGCGACACAACUGACGACGUGACCACCAUCACUCAAGUACCAACUGAAGUUGACACUGCGACGACUACUUCCACAACGCGAUCAGCUCAUCAACGUCGGCUUGUCGUCAAGACAGCAAUCAUGCCCAAACCCGCAGCUCACUCCUUACUAUUCGCACCAUCAACAUCACGCAUCAUCUCCGGCCUAAUCGGCAGCUUCCUCGCCGACCACAUCGACCCUCGCCUCUCUCUCGCAUGGCAACUCCAAUACCUAUCCACAGAAGGAAAAUGGGACGUCAAAAACCUGGAGAAAUGGAAAGCCGUCCAGCCCGUCUCCCCACCCAUCGCAAACGUCUUCCGCGCCAUGAAAACGCUCCGCGAAGUCGACGAAAAACACACCCCCACCGUCGUCGCCGCAGAAUGGGCAGGAAAACUCUGCGCCAUCAUCGACAUCUCACACGACAACCCCGUCUACGAUCCCAAGGGCCUCGAGGACGGAGGGAUCGCGUACUACAAGUUCCCCACUGUGUCCAAGCAGCCGCCGCUGAAAGACGAGGUGCAGGCUUUCAUCGCGUUGGUGGAUAAAAUCCGCGCUGAGGGCAAGCAGGGACUUGUUGGUGUGCAUUGUCAUUAUGGGUUUAAUCGCACGGGCUUCUUCCUCGUGUGCUAUCUUAUUGAGUGCCUGGGAUAUCGCGCUCAGGAUGCUAUUGAUGCGUUUCAGCAGGCGAGGGCCCCGGGUGUGCGGCAUUCGCAUUUUAUUGAUGAAUUGCAUGUUCGGUAUUGUCGGGGGUUGCGGAAGGCACCGACGCUUUGAGCGUGUUCGCUUGAGGGGCUGGUCUGGUUGGGUUGUUUCUUGGUUGUUGGAGGCGUUUGGGUUUAAUCGCAUGGCAUUUUUAUUCCCCUUUCAUCUCCUUGGUCGUUUAGCAUGAGAUUCGCAUUUGGCGUUUAUCCUGGCUGUUGAACUCACGCAGAGAUUGAUCGUUAUCUUCGAACGGAAAUACAACAUCACAAGAUAUUGUCGGAACAACGAGGUUAUAAAUUGUAGUACAUAGGCUCCCGUUCUUCAUACCUGCCUCACAGGUACACUGUUCUUUUUUUCAUCGCAAAUACCAAGGCAACAAACGUUGCAGCUAGCUACUGUUCAAUAUUAUACUUGACCUUGUC